GGGGGGUUUCCUUCUGGUGGGGUCGGAGGGUCAGACCGGUGGCGAGCGAUUUUCUGUCGGCGGCCUCAUGUGUCAGCGUGGAAGUGACACUGUAAGAGGCCGGGGUCAGCGGCACUGAGGGCUGGCAGGCCACAAAACCUCAGCAACAUCUCCUAAGGCAUCUUGUAUCUCAUUAUCACAACAGCAGCACCACCACCAAUUUGAGGUAGACGUCCAGAGUUUUACGUGACAGGGUGAUCUUUGGGUAAGACGGACCAGCGUACUUGACUGGGAGGUUGUCCAUGUCUUGUUGCUACGGAACUAAAUUCAAGACCCUGAGGAUGGCGGUAAAUUGGCCAGGACUGCUGUCCAUAGGAGUGUUUUACAUGGUGGUACUGGGCACAGGUAUCUGGGCAUCCAGGAAGUCCAAACGUGAAGAGAAGAAGUGCACUGGAAACCGCAGUGAAGUUACAAUGGUUGGAGGGCGGAAUCUAAACACCUGCGUCAGCAUCUUUACUAUGACAGCCACUUGGGUAGGAGGAGGCUAUAUUUUGGGUAAUGCUGAAGUGGUCUACGAUCCAACAAAGGGCUUGGUGUGGGCCACCGGACCCAUUGCCUUCGCCUUAAACAUGAUUUUAGGUGCACUCUUCUUUGUCGAACCUAUUCGGUCGAAGAAGUAUGUCACCAUCAUGGACCCAUUUCAGGAAAAAUAUGGCAACACUGUGGCUGCUGUUCUUUUCAUCCCCGCUCUCAUUGGUGAUAUUCUGUGGAUAGCAUGCAUUCUUGGUGCACUGGGAGGGACGGUAAGCGUAGUCAUGGAUAUCUCCUCCUCCCUGGCUGUGAGCAUCUCUGCUGCUGUGGCUAUUAUAUACACGUUACUGGGCGGACUGUACUCUGUGGCAUAUACUGAUGUCAUCCAGCUCAACUUUAUGGCCUUCAGCUUGUGGCUCUGUGUGCCUUUCAUCCUGUCAAGCCCGACCUCUGCAAACAUCACUGUUGCUGCAGUAACCCAGCUGUAUCAGAAGCCAUGGAUUGGCAAGUUGGAGCUGAAGGACGCAGGUUGCUGGGUUGAUGACCUAUUGCUACUGUCCAUUGGAGGGCUCUGCUACCAGGCCUUCUACCAGAGAAUCCUGUCCACAGCCACAGACGCCCAAGCUAAGAUCACCUGCUAUGCUGGAGCAGUAUUAUGCCCAAUCCUCGCCAUCCCAUCACUCAUCAUUGGGGCAGCAGCAGCAUCUACCAAUUGGAACCAGACCACCUACAGUUCACCCAGCCCGUAUGAGCGGGGCAAAGCCGGUAUGAUCUUGCCAAUUGCCCUUCAGCACCUUUGCCCUUUCUACAUCUCGCUGGUCGGUAUGGGAGCACUUGCUGCUGCUGUGAUGUCAUCCGUUGACUCUGCACUUCUGUCUGCAGGCUCCGAACUGGGCCGAAAUAUCUUUAAGAACAUCAUCUAUAAAAGGGCAUCAGAAGCAAUGAUUAUUUGGGUGGUUAGGGGGUCGAUCCUCCUGUGUGGAAUGAUGGCGGCAUGCCUGGCAAUGACAUCGAGUUCAAUCCACCUGUUCUGGAUCAUCAGCGCAGAUGUCAUGUAUUCAAUGAUGACUCCCCAGGUGGCAUGCACCUUCUACUUAUCUCGGUGGGUGAACCAGUACGGGGCCUGCUUUGGCUUUGUGUUGGCGAUACUACUGAGAGCUCUGGUUGGAGAACCCUCGAUAGGCCUUCCUGACGUGCUGCCCCUGCCGUGGGACCAGAUACGGGAGGACGGCCACUUCCGUCGCUUGUUCCCUUUUCGUACUGCCAUCAUGCUCAUCACCACAGGGGCUAUUUUAGUAGUUUCACGCCUUGCUGUGUGGCUGUCUGAGAAGGGGCUGCUGAAAAGAGUAAAUGAUGCUGAAACGGACACAAACACACAUAACAUGGCACCGGUCCGAAAAGAUGCGGAUGAAGAGGAGACUGAAUGUCAAACAGACUCCCCUAUGCUCUAA